AUGUAAUCUCUCUUUGUCAAGUGUUAAAAAUGUUAACAAAGACCUGCUACCAUUAAGUGUAAUCAGUGUAGAUAUGGUCAAACCUACAGGUUAUGCUAUUCAUGCGAUUCUCAAAUUCAUAAUCGAACUGGCCCUGUAGAUCAGCAACACAAAACUGAAAUCAUACCAUAUCAAGAAAUGUACUAGAAAAAUUAGGGUAAUGCACCUGUUCCCUAAAAAAAUGAUUAAAGAAAUUCAUUCAAAAAAAAUGAUUACAAACCUCAACCUCAAGUUCCAACCAAGGACUUCCUAAACAAUGAACCUAAGAAGCCUGAUUAUUCCAAAACCAUCGAUAUUAAUAGGGUCAGCAAUAAACAUGAUUAUUUGGAUAAAAAAAUCGAUAGUCAUGACAGAAGAGCUGAUCAAUAAUAUCUUUCUAAUGAUAAAAGACCCUACUCUUCCAACUAAAAGAUUACUUCUGAUAAUGACAGAAGUAGUCAACAAUUAAUCAGCUAAUUAAAAGAAGAAUAAUAGUAAACAGAAAGAUUAAGAGCAGAAUUAUCAUAGGCUAAUCAAAAAGAAAGGGAAGCCUAAAGAAGAUUACAAAAAUUAGAGUAAGAAUUUGACCAAAAAAUCAGAGAGGAUAAAUAAAAAAUUUAAUAAUUAACUGAAGAAAAUAGAAAUUUGAAUAAUAAAUUAAAUUAAACAAACAAACAUAUCUAAGAAGAAGUCAAUAAAGUUAGAAAUCAAUAUGAAGAUCAAAUCAAUGAGUUAGAAUAGAUUCUAAACGAAAAAAAUUAGUAAUUAGAAAGUAUUGCUCAAGAAUACAACUUAGAAGAAUUACAGUAAACUCUUAAUGAAUUACAGUAAGAAUCUUCUAUGAAAGAUCAAAUUAUUGAAUAAUUAUAAUAAAAUCUACAUGAUAAUCAAGAAGAAUUCCAAUAAAUGAGGGAAGAAUUGAUGAAUAAUUCCAAAAAGAAUUUAUAAUCAUCAAAUAAAAAAUCAGUGAAAAGUAAUGAUAAUCAAAAAGAUGAGUUGAUCCAAGAAUUAAGCUAAUAAUUAGAAGCUAAAGAUGAGGAAAUUCAUAAAUUAGAGGAUUUAAUUGAGAAUUUCAAGUAAUUAUAUUAACACAUGAGCGAUGAGAAAUAACAGUUAUAGGAAGAAGUAGAGAAGUUGGCAAAUGAAAAUAAUUAAUUUAGAGAUAUAUUCAGUCAAAACUUACAUCUUUUUGGAAUAGAUCCUGAGUAAUUAAAUGAGGAAGGAGAGGAAGGCGAGAACGAAUAUCCGGAGGAGAUUGCUGAAGAAAAUGAUGAUCAAAAUGAUUGA